UCCACUGCACAUUUAAGUUAACUGCAAAAAGCUUGUAUGAAAUUCAUGGAGACGGUGUUAGCUUAAUUAGCUUGCUCGCUACAGCUGAUAAAAUCUGACAGUGAAAGUUGUCACUUCAGCUGGCAAAAUUGACGGUCUACCUCCCCAUUAGUGUGGUAUGAGAAUGAAAAGCUACAUGAACUGCCUCCCUGAUCCUAAACAGGAUAAAUAUGAAUGGAUACAGGACAUAACAGGCUAAGAUAGAAACAGUUGUUAGAUAAAGACGACACUUUAGUUCACUCAUGUGUCCCUUUACUCCAGUUUGGGAAAUGUGUUGCAUAGCUUUGUGUUUGAUAAGCAAACAUAAAGAUUUUCUGAAAUCGCAUUUGGGGUUAACAUUUGGUUUACGGUAAUCUGCGGAGGUGCAGGGGUGGGUGGAGGAGACUCAAAAAUAAUUGGUCAGUGAUAUCAAUAUAAAACAGAGCUGAGAGAGAUGAAGAGAUAUUAGAGCCACGAUGAAGACUUUGUGUGUUGCUAUUGUUGUGCUGAGUCUCAGCUCAGUGUGCCAGCCUGCGUCACUGGCCUGUGAGAAGCUGCUGAAACAAGAGGACAAAAGUCCAGAUCUGUCUGGGAGAUGGCACUUCAUAGCCUUAUCUGCUAACAACUGUUGGAUUCCGCUGUUAGUGAACGCUCUUCUUUGUCCAAGUGUUGCAAUGGACAUUACUGCUAAGGACACACCAAACUUCUAUGAUGCCAACAUUAAAGUUAAGAUUUAUGGAUAUAGCGGCAAUGAAUCUACACCAAUUUUCUAUGAGAACAACACCUUGUUUGAUGUUGACAGCGACAACCGCCUAACUGGUGAAUCAUUGUUGCUGCUGCAAACUGGGUGUCCUGACUGCCUUGUUAUGAAGAUAGACAAUGACAAUGAAAAUGACGUUAAAGCUCUCACACUCUUCAGUCGGAGAAAGAAUGUCACUGCUGAUGAACUAAAGGAGUUUGAGACGCAGGCAGAGUGUCUUGGCUUGACGAAACCACAGAUGUUUAAGUCAGAUCAUGGCUAUGAAACCUCCAAGUCACUUGUAAACAUUGAUGAUGAUAUCCCAGCAAUGUUGAUUGCGAUUAAAAAGAGGCUGAUAAACAUCCGAGAUGAUCUCCUCAAGUGCGACCCAGAGAUUUUAUCUAAUCCCUUAAUCACAUAUUUAAUGAAUUAGAUAUCAACUACUGGCUUGGUGGAGCCUUGAUUAGUUUGCUACAAUAUCAGUGACUUCAAACCUCCAAAUGAA